AUGACAAGGAAGCCAGCACCAAGAGGCCAGCACCAGGAGGCCAGCACCAGGAGGCCAGCAAAGGGAGGCCAGCACCAGGAGGCCAGGACCAGGAGGCCAGCAAAGGGAGGCCAGCACCAGGAAGCCAGCACCAGGAGGCCAGGACCAGGAGGCCAGCACCAGGAGGCCAGGACCAGGAGGCCAGCAAAGGGAGGCCAGCACCAGGAAGCCAGCACCAGGAGGCCAGGACCAGGAGGCCAGCACCAGGAGGCCAGCAAAGGGAGGCCAGCACCAGGAAGCCAGCACCAGGAGGCCAGGACCAGGAGGCCAGCACCAGGAGGCCAGGACCAGGAGGCCAGCACCAGGAGGCCAGCACCAGAAGGCCAGGAACAGGAAGCCAAAACCAGGAGGCCAAAACUAGGAGGCCAAGACCAGGGGGGAAACACCAGGAGGCCAGCACCAGGAGACCAGGAACAGGCCUUGCUCUGCUUGGAAUUGAAUCAGAUACUAUGGUGA